CUCGCGUCUAGCGCCAGUGCGCCGCCAGAGGUCGCCGCGGGAGCGCAGAGGAGCAGCGGCAGCUUGGAGACAGGUGCCCGCGCAGACAGACGGAACGCUACUGGAAGUGCAAAACUACCGAAACAUGAAUCCAGGUGCGGCGCUGCUGCUGCUGGCGGCUCUCGGCUGCUCGGCCGCGACCAGCUCGGCCCGGGAACGCCGUCAGGUGCCGCCACAGCGAGCCGCCACCCGCGCGGCCGACCGCUUCACCAUCACCGAAGCCAUCAUCGAGUUCGCCACCGACCUGGCCUCCCUCCGCCUGCGCGAUGGAAACAUGGUAAUGUCGCCCUUCUCCAUCGUCAGCGUGCUGAACAUGCUGCUGCUGGGCUCCACCGACAACACUUACGAGCAGCUGCGCGUGGUGCUGAAGUACCCGUUUGAGAUGGACGACCUGCUGAUCCACCAGCAGAGCGGGAUCCAGCUGACCUCGCUGCGUCGCGAGGCGCGCGGCAUCAACGUCCAGAUCGCUAACCGCAUCUUCACCGAUUCGCGGUUCACCAUACAGGAGCGCUACAUGCGCGACGCGCGCGACUUCUACCAGGCGGGCGUAGAGCAGCUGGAAUUCGGCAAGCAGCCGGCCGUGGCCCAGCGCCGCAUCAACCAGUGGGUAGGCGACAACACCAACGGCAAGAUUCCGCGCCUGCUGGACAGCCCUCCGCCGCGCAACACACGCAUGAUUGGAGCCAAUGUCGUCUAUUUCAACAGCUCCUGGCAGUUCCCGUUCGACCCAAGCUUGACCAGGAAGUUGAGGUUCCACCCGGACGCGCAGAGGGUCACGAAGACGACGAUGAUGUUCGCGCAGCUGGAGGUGCCGUACGUCAACUACCCGUCGCAGGGCAUGAAGGCGCUGGCGCUGCCGUACGAAGGCGGCGACUAUGCCAUGUACAUCAUGCUGCCGGAUGAAGCCGGUGAGAAGCCGCUGGCUCGGAUGGAGCGGAGCCUGGCCGGCGGCCGGCUCCAGCGCGUCUUCGAAGACAUGCAGCUGGUGAACAUCUCCGUCUGGCUGCCGCGCUUCAAGCUUGAGCACUCGCUGGCGCUGCGUGACGCACUUCAGGCGAUGGGCGCCACCGACCUGUUCCAGGAGUCGCGCGCUGCGCUGAACCGGAUGUCGCCGGACCGGCAGCUCUUCCUCAGCGAGGUGCUGCACCAGGCCGUCAUCGACGUGCACGAGGCGGGCACCGAGGCGGCCGCCGUCACCACCACGCUGGUCAACCGCGACCGAAACGCUAAGGAGUUCCGCGUCGACCGGCCGUUCCUCUUCAUCAUCCGCGACAACAAGACGGGCGUGCCGCUCUUCUGGGGCCGUGUCGUUGAGCCUGAGGCCAGCUAGGGGGUGCACUGGGUCGGGAGCGGCCGCCGAGCACCACCGGGCCGGUCGGCCGUGACGUCGCUAGCCGCGCCGUAGGCACGCACAUCGUCUGGGCUCGGGACGGCCGGGCGCCGGCGCUGGAGCACCGGCCUCGCCGCGUUCGCUCCCGCUCCGGCGGUGCUCGGUGAGUGUCCGAGUCCUCAGUCCUCAGUCCUCAGUCCUCAGUCCUCAGCCAUCCUCUAGCGACAGUCGGCCGGCCGCCUGUCAACUUCGACGCUGCAGCCUCCGCCCGCGCGUGCUUCGACGUCUGGGGCUGAGCUGUGAUACGAGGCGCGCCCUAUGCCGGUUCGUUCUUGGUCGAACCGCGAGCUCGUCACAGACGUAAGAUAUACACAGCGUCGCUAAACGUACAGCUAUAUCGGCCGCGCGAGCUCCAAGGGAGUAACAUGAAUGUGCCUUCGCUCGGACGGUUGAAGCGUUGAUCGUCCAUUUCUUAAGUGGACUGGUGUUUUAACUCGGGUGAAAUAUAAUACGCACCGUGGAGUAUGCAUUGCCACCUCGCAGCGCCUGUACGUCGUUUUUAGAGCAAUACAUGACUGUUGACGUAA